AUGAAGCGAUCGCUGACUUGGGGUCCAACUGUGGGUAAGAAGACCAAAAGGAAGUGGUACCCACACGGAGAUAUCGAUGAGUGGAAUCCGGCGCAGCGACCGCGAGAUUGGAGGGCAGAUUUUGAGAUGAGACCAUUCUUCAUCAGGCUCAGUUUGUCCAAGAAUCGCUCUGAUGUUCAAGGUAUUAACGAUCCGGAGCGACGGAUCUUACAUGGCCUUCUCGCAUAUGAUGCUCACGCUCCCUCAAUACAUCUUGAUCUUCGUACAGAUCCCUUCACACAGCCCGCCAUGUUCUCUCACCUCGGUCGAGCAUACAACCAAAUAGACCUCAUGCAGAUCGCCACGAAUCCGCCUGCGCCGUUCAUGCGCCUGUACCAUGCCCGCUAUCCGUGGUACGUGGACGUAUACGCGUCGAACCCAAAUGGCGUAACAAUCUACGAUAUUCUCAUGCAGCUGCACGUGCAGAUAAUGAUGCCGAUUGAAAGCCGGCAUUACUAUUGUCAGGACGUGCGGAGUAAAGAGAGGGAGUUGCUCGGCGGGGCAUAUACCUCCAGAUGUCAUGGAGAUAAAGAGCUCAUGUCGAGAGGAGUUUUGAGGGUAGAUUUUCUGGGUAUGGAGGGUCGGCUAUUGUUGCAGGGGUUAGUCAGAGGGAGGAACGGUAUGUGGGAGAUGAAGAUCGCCAAAAUCGACUCGUGA